AUGGCGCACAGUGUGAUAGUUUCGAAUAUUCCAGUCGAGGUGUCGAACCUCACAGUGAUGAAGUUCAUCCAAUUGAACGAACUGACGGUCGAGCACAUCCAGCCCUUCCCGGACGAGUACCACCACAUCAACGAGGCGGCGCAGACGAAGACGUUGCAGGUGUUCACGGAUGACGCGGGCAAGCACCAGAUCGGGGAAAUGUUCAAGGAUGAUCACGUGACCGACAAGUUAGUCAGCUUGGAGAAGCUGACGAUGCAGAGCGCGGGCGCGAGUCUGCAGGGCGGCGCGCGGGGGCACGGGCGGCGCAUCUCGGUUACGAUUUUGUGA